AUGGAGGACAUUUCCUGCAAUCUAAAGCAAAGAAAUACUCUAUUAGGGUGUGGUGCCUUAAAUGAUAACAAAUUAAGUUUAAAAAAUCACAGUGGAGCAGCCAGUCCACAAGGUGGCGCAGCGCAACUCUUACAUUCUUUGAGGAGAACCCUGACAUAGAAAGAUAAUACCCGACAAGUCAUGGCUUGUGUUCGGUUGUCCGGGUCUCAGAGAUUCUUCAGGAACUUAUCUCUGAUCCUACUGAGUGGAUCCGUCUCUCUGCUCCUGUGGGCCGCUCUCAGACGCCCGACGGGCUCUGACAGGAGUCCUCUCCCCGCUCUGGACCUCCUGCCCCUGGGCUACGCUGCCGACCUGCCGGCCUGCUCAGCCAUCAUCCAGGGAGACCUGGAGGGUCUGGAGAGGGAGCAGCUCAGCCUCCUGCUGAAGACCAAGAAGAAGCAGCAGCCGUUGUCAGAGGCGUUCUACCACAAUGUGACUCAGGACUGUCAGAGGUACGUUACAGAAAGAGGGUUUAUCACCCUUCCUCUCAGCCAGGAGGAGAAGGAGUUCCCCAUCGCCUACUCCAUGGUCGUCCACGAGAGGAUCGAGAUGUUUGAGCGGCUCUUGCGUGCCGUGUACACUCCUCAGAACGUGUACUGCGUCCACAUCGACCAGAAGUCAUCUGAGGACUUCAGGACGGCAGUGAGGGCUAUCGUGUCUUGUCUGCCUAAUGUGUUUGUGGCCAGUAAGUUAGAGAGUGUGGUCUACGCCUCCUGGUCCAGAGUGCAGGCUGAUCUGAACUGUAUGGAGGAUCUCCUGAAGUCACCUGUCCAGUGGAGGUACCUGAUCAACACCUGUGGAUCAGACUUCCCCAUUAAGACCAACGCUGAGAUGGUUCAGGCCCUCAAGCUGCAGAACGGGAGAAACAGCAUGGAGUCAGAGACCACCAACGACUAUAAAAACAGCAGAUGGCAGUUCCACCACAAAAUCACCAGCAACAUGGUGGUCAAGACGAACGUUAGAAAGAGCCCUCCUCCAAUCAGCACCCCCAUGUUCUCUGGCAACGCCUACUUCCUGGUCUCCAGGGCCUUUGUCCGUCACGUGAUGGAGUCUCAGGAGGUCCGGGCGCUGUUGGAGUGGGAGAAGGACACCUACAGUCCCGAUGAACACCUGUGGGCCACCCUGCAGCGCAUGCCCUCUGUGCCAGGAUCUAACCCUUCCCACAUCAAGUACCAUGAAUCAGACAUGAACGCCAUUGCUCGCAUCGUGAAGUGGGAUUCCCUGGAAGGAGAUGUGAGGAAAGGAGCCCCAUAUCCACCCUGCUCGGGUGUCUCCAGGAGGUCCAUUUGUGUCUACGGGGCUGGAGAUCUCUGGUGGCUCCUACAGCAUCACCACCUCAUCGCUAACAAGUUUGACCCUGAGGUGGAUGAUGUGGCUAUCAGGUGCCUGGAGUCGUACCUGCGCUUUAAAGCUACAUACCGUGUAUCACGAAGGACAGCGGAAUCUGAGAGUCUCUUACAAAAACGAUGAAAUGUUAAAAGUCGUAAGUACGUUCAUGUGUAUUUAUUUAAAUAUGUUUUGAAAUGUUGUAUAUUUCUGAUGGUACUGUAAAGAGGGUUGUACACCUUCCUAAUAUUGAGUUGCACCCCCUUUUGCCCUCAGAACAGCCUCAAUUCCUCGAGUCAUGGUCUGUACAAGGUGUCGAAAGCAUGUUGACUCCAAUGCUUCCCACAGUUGUGUCAAGUUGGGUGGAUGUCCUUUUGGUGGUGGACCAUUCUUGAUACCCACGGUAAACUGUUGAGAAUGAAAAACCCAGCAGCGUUGCAGUGCUUGCCACACACUUACCCCGUCUGCAGAUGAAGAGGUCCCAAUGAAUGUCCUAAAAGAAUAAGGGAACAUCCUUGUGAUUCUGGUGGUUAUAUGGGUACCUAUGUUAGCAAAUGUUGUAUACAAAAAAACACAGAAGAUGUAUAAACCCAUUACCCUGCUUUUGGAGGUCUGCUGUGUGCAGGGUUCUGUUCCAGCCCAGCAUUAAGACACCUGAUUCAACUUACAGUGCAUUCGGAAAGUAUUCAGACCCCUUUGACUUUUUACACAUUUUGUCACGUUACAGCCUUAUUCUAAAAUGGAUUACAUUGUUGUUUUCCCUCAUCAAUCUACGCACAAUACCCCAUAAUCUCUGCGAAUGUAUAAAAAAUAGAAAACUGAAAUAUCACAUUUACAUAAGUAUUCAGACCCUUUACUCAGUACUUUGUUGAAGCGCCUUUGGCAGCGAUUACAGCCUCAAGUCUUCUUGGGUAUGACGCUACAAGCUUGGCACAGCCUAUUCCCCCUCAGGAGACUGAAAAUAUUUGGCAUUGGUCCUCAGAUCCUCAAAAAAUUAUACAGCUGCACCAUCGAGAGCAUCCUGACUGGUUGCAUCACCACCUGCUUGGCCUCCGAACGCAAGGCACUACAGAAGGUAGUGCGUACGGCCCAGUACAUCACUGGGGCCAAGCUUCCUGCCAUCCAGGACCUCUAUACCAGGCGGUGUCAGAGGAAGGCCCUCAAAAUUGUCAAAGACUCCAGCCACCCUAGUCAUAGACUGUUCUCUCUGCUACCGCACGGCAAGCGGUACCGGAGUGCCAAGUCUAGGUCCAAAAGACUUCUCAACAGCUUCUACCCCCAAGCCAUAAGACUCCUGAACAGCUAAGCAUGGCUACCCUGACUAUUUGCACUGCCCACCCACCCCCCACCCCAUCUUUUUACGCUGCUGCUACUCUGUUAAUUAUUUAUGCAUAGUCACUUUAACUCUACCACAUGUACAUAUUACCUCAACUAGCCGGUGCCCCCACACAUUGACUCUGCAUCGGUACCCCCCUGUAUAUAUAUAGCCUCCCUACUGUUAUUUUAUUUUACUUCUGCUCUUUUUUUCUCAACACUUUUUUGUUGUUUUAUUUUACUUUUUUAUUAAAAGUAAAUGCACUGUUGGUUAAGGGCUGUAAGUAAGCAUUUCACUGUAAUGUCUGCACCUGUUGUAUUCGGCGCAUGUGGCCAAUAAAAUUUGAUUUGAUUUGUAUUUGGGGAGUUUCUCCCAUUCUUCUCUGCAGAUCCUCUCAAGCUCUGUCAGGGUGGAUGGGGAGCGUCGCUGCACAGCUAUUUUCAGGUCUCUCCAGAGAUGUUCGAUAGGGUUCAAGUCCGGGCUCUGGCUGGGCCACGCAAGGACAUUCAGAGACUUGUCCCAAAGCCACUCCUGGGUUGUAUUGGCUGUGUGCUUAGGGUCGUUGUCCUGUUGGAAGGUGAAUCUUCGCCCCAGUGUGAGGUCCUGAGUGCUCUGGAGCAGGUUGUCAUCAAGGAUCUCUCUGUACUUUGCUCCGUUCAUCUUUCCCUCGAUCCUGACUAGUCUCCCAGUCCCUGCCGCUGAAAAAAACAUCCACACAGCAUGAUGCUGCCACCACCAUGCUUCACCGUAGGGUGGUGUCAGGUUUCCUCCAGACGUGACGCUUGGCAUUCAGGCCAAAGAGUUUAACAUUGGUUUCAUUAGACCAGAUAAUCUUGUUUCUCAUGGUCUGAGAGUCAUUUAGGUGCCUUUUGGCAAACUCCAAGCGGACUGUCAUGUGCCUUUUACUGAGAAGUGGCUUUUGUCUGGCCACUCUACCAUAAAAGCCUGAUUGGUGGAGUGCUGCAGAGAUGGUUGUUCUUCUGGAAGGUUCUCCCAUCUCCACAGAGGAACUCUGGAGCUCUGUCAAAAUGACCAUCGGGUUCUUGGUCACCUCCCUGACCAAGGCCCUUCUCCCCCGAUUGCUCAGUUUGGCCGGGCGGCCAGCUCUAGGAAGAGUCUUGGUGGUUCCAAACUUCUUCCAAUUAAGAAUGAUGGAGGCCACUGUGUUCUUGGGGACCUUCAAUGCUGCAGACAUUUUUUGGUAUCCUUCCCCGGAUCUGUGCCUCAACACAAUCCUAUCUCGGAGCUCUACGGACAGUUCCUUCGACCUCAUGGCUUGGUUUUUGCUCUGACAUGCACUGUCAACUGGGGGACCUUAUAUAAACGCGUGUGUGCCUUUCCAAAUCAUGUCCAAUCAAUUUAAUUUACCACAGGUGGACUCCAAUCAAGUUGUAGAAACAUCUCAAGGAUGAUCAAUGGAAACAGGAUGCAGCUGAGCUCAAUUUCGAGUCUCAUAGCAAAGGGUCUGAAUACUUAUGUAAAUAAGGUAUUUCAGUUUUUUUAUUUUUAAUACAUUUGCUAAAAUUUCUAAACCUGUUUUCACGUUGUCAUUAAUGGGUAUUGUGUGUAGAUUGAGGGAGAAAAAAGUUAUUUCAUCCAUUUUAGAAUAAGGCCGUAACGUAACAAAAUGUGGAAAAAGGGAAGAAUACUUUCUGAAUGCGCUGUACCUCCAACUCUGGUAUGGCUUCCUCUCUUUUAUACCUGGAAAUCAUACAUGUGACAUUUCUACCUGGAAAUCAUACAUGUGACAUUUCUACCUCAAUCUGUAAUGAAGGAAUAAAAAGGGGGGAGACUGCUCUAAAAAGUGAAUGCAUCCACACUUUGGUUUUGGUAGAAAACCUUUACUUUACUCAGCAUAGCGUGGGUCAGAAGUUACGCAUCACACUAUUACAACAGUGGGACUGUUUUGGAAUUACGGUUGCUGAGUUCACAUUCAUUAAUAUCCCACAAGGCCUAGUGCCUCUGACUCAGCAACUCAAAGAAGUAACACUUGCAUUUCCCUUGACCAGCAAGUCAAAAUAUUUAGUAUGACGUCUCAUAAAGGCCUCACAUUCAUUACAAAUAUGUAUACAUCUGAAUGAAAUGGAGGAAGAUGUAUACAUCUGAAUGAUAUGGAGGAAGAUGUGUACAUCUGAAUGAAAUGGAGGAAGAUGUAUACAACUGAAUGAAAUGGAGGAAGAUGUACUGUGUACAACUGAAUGAAAUGGAGGAAGAUGUACACAACUGAAUGAAAUGGAGGAAGAUGUAUACAACUGAAUGAAAUGGAGGAAGAUGUGUACAACUGAAUGAAAUGGAGGAAGAUGUGUACAUCUGAAUGAAAUGGAGGAAGAUGUGUACAUCUGAAUGAAAUGGAGGAAGAUGUAUACAACUGAAUGAAAUGGAGGAAGAUGUAUACAACUGAAUGAAAUGGAGGAAGAUGUUUACAACUGAUUCAAAUUGAGGAAGAUGUAAACAACUGAAUGAAACGAAGGAAGAUAUUUACAACUGAAUGAAAUGGAGGAAGCAAUCAAAUGUCAAUCAACUUUCCACCUAUGAUUUUGCCUCUAACACACUAACUGGAAACCAGAAGAUGGCAUAUAAUGGAUGUUUAAUUUACUGGUGUUGUUUAUGUUGGUGUAUUCUGUAGUCUGACCACUGCUGAGUUUAUUUCCAGUAAUAGAAGUAGUUCACGGUUAGAGUUGACAAGGCUGUGUAUGUAGUGUUAGAAAAUGUGUUUAAUAACAACACUGUGGUCAGAGCAGCACUGGGCUGAUUAACACCUCAGCAGCUGUAGAUUCUUCAGUUGAGGAGGCCUUUUCUCAGUAAGAGUAGGGGAGACUGGGGAACAAAGUAACACUUUUAGGCUUUUGCUUAUUAUGAAAAUGUUAUUUAAGUUAAAUGUUACAAUUGACCCAGUAGGCAAAUGUUACACAGGUCAAUAAUAAAAAAAAAUUAAAAAGGAGAGGCGGCAAGUAUAUUUACUUUAGGGCCUCAAAUCACUUUUUAUGUCAAUAAAACUAAAAGUAUCAAUGGAUUUAAACAAAACCUCUUGGGCAUGUAGAGACACUAACCAAGCAUUAGCACCUUGAAUAAGAGCUUUAAGUGGUUUCUAAUUGGAGUUAUUUAGCGGUUACAACUGACCCUGUGUUACUAUGUUCCCCAGGCUACCCUACCUUCAUGUAUAAUAUUUAAAGUGACUGCUUUGCUAAAGUAAAACAUUUUUAACUUCAACUACCAUAACAGUUUUAAAGAGCUGAAGCAGGUUACACAAUUUUACUUCAUGUAAAAUUACCUUUCUAUUUGGGAUUUAAAGGUGUGGACAUUUAUUUGCUAAUUAUUUACAUAAAGUGUUGCCUUGAAUGUUGGCUUGUGGGACGUAUGAUAUACUAUGAAUCAAUGUCUUAUUUCAUGAAAAUACAGAAAUCCUUUGUUUCAGGGAAACAUAUGUGUUUACUCAUGAGUGUGGGGAGGAGUGCCCCUUUCUGUCCAAUGAGGUCAUUUCUGGACAAUACAUCACCCUCUUCUGGUCUUGGAGGCAGGAAGGACAUCACCCUCUUCUGGUCUUCACCCCACAAGGGCAAGGACAGUGAUGAACUGUGAGCACUGUAGGCAGCUCCUGGUUGGGUACUGUGGUAGUAUAAAUACACAUAUCAGAGGGUUGGGUACUGUGGUAGUAUAAAUACACAUAUCAGAGGGUUGGGUACUGUGGUAGUAUAAAUACACAUAUCAGAGGGUUGGGUACUGUGGUCGUAUAGAUACACAUAUCAGAGGGUUGGGUACUGUGGUAGUAUAAAUACACAUAUCAGAGGGUUGGGUACUGUGGUAGUAUAAAUACACAUAUCAGAGGGUUGGGUACUGUGGUAGUAUAAAUACACAUAUCAGAGGGUUGGGUACUGUGGUAGUAUAAAUACACAUAUCAGAGGGUUGGGUACUGUGGUAGUAUAAAUACACAUUUCUGUUGUAUAAUAAUGAAUAUAAGUAAAAAUUCUAACCAACAGUUAAAGGUUAAUUUACAUUUACAUUUUAGUCAUUUAGCGGACGCUCUUAUCCAGAGCGACUUACAGUUAGUGCAUACAUAAUUUUUUUGUUUUAGUUAGCCCUAUUGACUUACUAUGGACUUACCCAUUCACCGAACCUUCCUCCUUCUAGCCAGGACAAUUUUAAUAGAGACGAAACAAGAUGUACACAAAGCAAACGUUUUACUUCAUAAUUAUCAGCUAGCUAUAUGUGAAUCGUAAAAUAGUGUAGCUAACCAGAUAGUAUAACAGGCAAAAAUGACCUAAAACCAAGGUAUAUAUCAAUUCUUGGUGGGUAGCUAGCUAACGAUUCUUCGUGGCUAUCUGGCUAGCUAACAGUAGCUAGUAGCUAGCCAGUUAGCCUUAAUGACUUACUAUGGGCUUGCUGUCUAUGCAGGUAACCGUGCCAAAAUUAACACAGCAUUUAUUUAUUAACUUAUCAAGAUAAAAUAUUGUAGUCAGGCAACAUAUGAGAUGUGAAUAGACAACAUUUUAAUUCCGAAGUUGGAGAAGUAUUUUCUCUCGCUUCAGCUCUCGCCACCAUUGAUUUCAAGAAAAUGUGCGUAACAGUUUGUUGUUGCGUCAUAUUUAAAUAAUAUUUAUUUGCAUACUUUCCGUUGAAGCCUCGACGCAUGCUUCAAAAUAUGUACAAAUUGAGUAUGCAUUCGAGAAGUGCCCUCCAUGCUCCGUUUCACAUUAAUUUUAAUUUGGACUCGUACUCCGACCCUACCGUGCUCCAAUUUGCGUGCUCGGAGCACGGUAGUAUGCAUUUCGAGAAACACCCCCAGUGACUGUUGGAAAGCAGACUGAACCAGGUUUUCCUCUAGGAUUCUGCCUGUGCUUAUCUCUAUUCCGUUUUCUUUUUAUCCUAAAAAACGUCCUAGUCCUUGCCGAUGACAAGCAUACCCAUAACAUGAUGCAGCCACCACCAUGCUUGAAAAUAUGAAGAGUGGUACUCAGUGAUGUGUUGUGUUGGAUUUGCCCCAAACAUAACGCUUUGUAUUCAGGACAUAAAGUUAAUUUCUUUGACACAUUUUUUCAGUUUUACUUUAGUGCCUUAUUGCUAAUGGGAUGCAUGUUUUGGAAUAUUUUAUUCUGUACAGGUUGAUCCAUCCUCAGUUCUCCUAUCACAGCCAUUAAAUUCUAACUGUUUUAAUGUCACCAUUGGCCUCAUGGUAAAAUCCCUGAGAGGUUUCCUUCCUCUCACGUAACGGAGUUAAGAAGGACGCCUGUAUCUUUUGUAGUGACUGGGUGUAUUGAUACACCAUCCAAAGAGUAAUUAAUAACUUCACUAUGAUUUUUUAUUUUUACCCAUUUUAUUUUUACCCAUCUACCAAUAGGUAGAGGCAUCUUUGUGAGGCAUUGGAAAACCUCCCAGGUCUUUGUGGUUGAAUCUGUGUUUGAAAUACACUGCUCGACUGAGGGACCUUACAGAUAAUUGUAUGUGUGGGGUACAGAAAUGAGGUAGUCAUUCAAAAAUCAUGUUAAACACAAUUAUUGCACACAGUCCCUGUGUAACAGGUCAAAUAAUUACAGAUUUUUGCAACCGUUCAUUUUCUAUUUUUUAUUUUAUUUUGUGAGUUGAUUUCACCAAAAUAUUGUAUUGUUCAGCAUUUCGUGUAGUCUACAGAUAUUGGGAGAGUUAGUUGUGUAAGUGCGCCCUCUAGAGCUGGUUUGGUUAUAUGCGGAGUGGUGUCAUGCUUUUCUCAGUCUGCAUUCUACUCGACUGAGGGAGGUAUGUGUUCACUUCGGCGUGAUAUAAACUUGAUAUACCUGUUAAAACUAAAACGUUUCAGUGCACAUAGUAACUUGUAUGUAUAUUAUAUGAUGAGUGUACGCACAUUUAAUCAAGCUGUGUCGUGAAUUUAGCUAUUUUUGAGAGUUUGAGAAAUUGCUAACUUAGCUAACCUCGUGUUUUGUUUAGCUGUAAGUUAGCAAUCGUCAUUCUAUCCUCUUGUGUUGAAGCCCACGUUGUUCUUUUUAUGUUAGGCGGAUUCUGGUCGAGGGUAGAGUUUUGAACAUUUUCUCUCCUUGAUGUUGAACAGGUAUGUAUUCCCUAUAUCAGGUUAAAAAUAUGUGUUCAUUUAAAAUGUUUUCAUGUAUUGAUUAGUGUUUAAUGGCACUGAAAAGCUCAAAUGUGAAGGAUUACAUGUUGCUUCGUGCAUAUUACUGUAUGUAUUACCUAUUUGAAAGAUGGUUUAUGUCAUGUUGCACAGUAUUAAUGUAAAGGCUAAAAGCUCAGAGUUUUUGGCAGAGAUAACAUGCAAUAUGACACAUACAUAAGAUAUACACCAGAUGCAAUGUUUAUUUUCCAAUUAUGUUGUAUUUUAUUCCUUGGAUUUUUGAAUGUGAUUAUAUUGAGUCUGCAUUCUACUCGACUGAGGGAGGCGGAUUCUGGUCGAGUUUUGAACAUUUUCUCUCCUUGAUGUUGAACAGAUUGAGAGAGUUGUACACAAUAAAGUGCCUUCAAGUACGCCAGUGUCUUGUCUUCAGUGCACCGGAACACAACGCAGUAGUCGGCAAGGAGCAGACCGCGCCGGCUACACCUGCAGCUUAUUAUUUGACUUGUUAAGCACAUUUCUACUCCAGAACUUAUUUAGGCUUGCCAUGAAUACUUAUUGACUCAAGACAUUUCAGCUUUUCAUUUUCUUAUGAAUUUAUGAACAUUUCUAAAAUCAUAAUUCCACUUUGACAUGAUGGGUUAUUGUGUGUGACACAAACAUAUCAAUUUAAUCUAUUUUAAAUUCAGGCUGUAACAACAAAUUUGGAAAACGUCAAGGGGUGUGAAUACUUUCUGAAGACACUGUAUACAGUCUAUUCACAAACCUAUCUGCUGUCCCAAUGCUCUGUCUGAACGUUAAUACGCCUCGCUUUCGAUAAGGUUUUGGAAACAUUUGGAACUUUAAUUUUCUCGCUGAUAUGAAAGUUAUCUAAUACUAAAAAUACACUUACUGUGCUCAGAUUUAGCACAGCUGCACACUGUUCUGAAUAACACAACUUCCUCCCUAGUUGCGCUGCAAUGGAAGAGUGAGCGUAAGGUGGAAGUGUUUUACGUCGCCUGCUGAAAGCAACUGUAUCUUUUGUGUUAGAAAAAUUAAGUUCCAAAGGUUUCCAAAACCGUAUCGCAAGGGAGGAUUAUUAACUCUUCUAAAUGUUAAAACAGAGCGUCGGGAUUUUAGUUCACAUUGAGCCAGCUGUGAUCCAUAUCUUCAACUGAGAACCCAAUGACUCCCGAGUGGUGCAGUGGUCUAAGGCACUGCUAGAGAUCCUGGUUCGAGUCCAGGCUCUGUUGCAGCCGGCCGUGACCGGGAGACCCAUGGGCGGCGCACAAUUGGUCCAGCGUCGUCCAAGGUAGGGGAGUGUUUGGCUGGCAGGGAUGUGGGUUCGUUUCCCACGGGGGGGCCAGUAUGGGGGGAAAAAAAUACAUAAAAAAAAAACAUGUAUGCAUUCAGAUUAGCGUCUGCUAAAUGACUAAAAUGUAAGAGGGAUGGCUGUAUGCCAUCUCCAAUGGUCCACACAUUGCUGGCUGUGCUUUGCUACCACAGAGAAAAGAAAGGAAUAAUGUCCAUUAGGAUCCCAUAAAACUGAGGCAGUAUGAGAACAUAUUCAAGUAAGUAACUUCAUUAAAAAAAAAGUGCUAUUAGCUAACUAAAUAGUUAGCCUACACAGUGGCCUACUUUAGGUAACUCAAAUGAGCUGCCAUAGCUAGCUAACGUUAGCUAACUUGACUUGUGUAUAUAGCUAGCUAAGUGAAUUAAAUAUAAUCAGCUAACUUCCUAUCAGCUAGCUAUCUUUUGAUGUAUUUAUCAUUGUAAAUUAAAAACACAAGCGCUACAUGCAUUUAUAGCUAACCGCCUUGGAAGAGGGUGAAAUUGCAGCUCCAGCUGUCAGCAAAGGGAGAGUGCAGGCUACUGGGCAGGUCAUUUAGUGGGAGUAAUCUCCAGUUCCAGUCCCUAGGUGAAUUAUGAGGACAGAGAGAUAACAGCAACGUAAUAUUCAGUGCUGUCUAAUUUGGAGUAUAAUGCAGCCUGUUUCUUUGUGAUGAUUCUCCUCAGAUACAGAGAGCCGUGAAACCCCCGUCUGCAGAUGAAGAGGUCCCAAUGAAUGUCCUAAAAGAAUAAGGGAACAUCCUUGUAAUUCUGGUGGUUAUAUGGGUACCAAAUGUUGUAUACAAAAAAACACAGAAAAUACAAGGCUGGAAUGGGCUACAAGACCAUCGCCAAGCAGCUUGGUGAGAAGGUGACAACAGUUGGUGCGAUUAUUCGCAAAUGGAAGAAACACAAAAUAACUGUCAAUCUCCCUCGGCCUGGGGCUCCAUGCAAGAUCUCACCUCGUGGAGUUGCAAUGAUCAUGAGAACGGUGAGGAAUCAGCCCAGAACUACACAGGUGGAUCUUGUCAAUGAUCUCAAGGCAGUUGGGACCAUAGUUACCAAGAAAACAAUUGGUAACACACUACGCCGUGAAGGACUGAAAUCCUGCAGCGCCCGCAAGGUCCCCCUGCUCAAGAAAGCACAUAUACAGGCCCGUCUGAAGUUUGCCAAUGAACAUCUGAAUGAUUCAGAGGAGAACUGGAUGAAAGUGUUGUGGUCAGAUGAGACCAAAAUCGAGCUCUUUGGCAUCAACUCAACUCGCCGUGUUUGGAGGAGGAGGAAUGCUGAUGCUGCCUAUGACCCCAAGAACACCAUCCCCACCGUCAAACAUAGAGGUGGAAACAUUAUGCUUUGGGGGUGUUUUUCUGCUAAGGGGACAGGAGAACUUCACCGCAUCAAAGGGACGAUGGACGGGGCCAUGUACCGUCAAAUCUUGGGUGAGAACCUCCUUCCCUCAGCCAGGGCAUUGAAAAUGGGUCGUGGAUGGGUAUUCCAGCAUGACAAUGACCCAAAACACACGGCCAAGGUAACAAAGGAGUGGCUCAAGAAGAAGCAUAUUAAGGUCCUGGAGUGGCCUAGCCAGUCUCCAGACCUUAAUCCCAUAGAAAUCUGUGGAGGGAGCUGAAGGUUCGAGUUGCCAAACGUCAGCCUCGAAACCUUAAUGACUUGGAGAAGAUCUGCAAAGAGGAGUGGAACAAAAUCCCUCCUGAGAUGUGUACAAACCUGGUGGCCAACUACAACAAACGUCUGACCUCUGUGAUUGCCAACAAGGGUUUUGCCACCAAGUACUAAGUCAUGUUUUGCAGAGGGAUAAAAUGCAAAUCAAUUUAUAAAAUGUUUGACAUGCGGUUUUCUGGAUUAUUUUGUUGUUAUUCUGUCUCUCACAGUUCAAAUAAACCGACCAUUAAAAUUAUAGACUGAUCAUGUCUAUGUCAGUGGGCAAACGUACAAAAUCAGCAGGGGAUCAAAUACUUUUUUCCCUCACUGUAUAUGCGAGAGAAAAAAAACAUAUGGGGGAUUGGAAGUGAUGCAGACAAUUACAUUGAUGGAAGUUACAAUCUAUCUGCAAUAUUAAAGCUGAUCAACCCCCCCCACCCCACCCCCACCCACAGGUAAAGUCUUCCCCCAGGAUGAUGCAGCGCCCCCCUUGGGCCAAUCAGUGUAAUUUUGUAAAUGACGGAUCUCUCUGGCAAGAUGCAUCAUUCACCCAAGUUUCGUCAAAAUCAGGCCAGUAGUGUCUGAUAUCGCGUUAGCUAGCCUCAGAAACAACCAAAUGACGGCUUUUUACCAGAUCCGAAUAUUUUCUCAUGAACUGUUUAUUUUCAUAAAUUCGGUAUCCUAAGCUACAAAAUAUAAUAUUCUGCCCAUAUGAACGAAUUGAUUUUAGGCCAUAGCCUAAAGAACAGCUAUAGGAUUUAAUGAAAAGCAGCAAAUAGAUUAAUACAUUAUUUCACAUUCUUUAAUAAAAGACUCAAAACAGAAACAGGCAAUAGGGCUGGCUUCAGUUUCUCUGGCAAAUAGGCCUACAAGGAAACUCGAUGUAUCUCGACAACGGGGCUGUACGCACAAUUUUUUUCUCCACAAAAAGACACAUAAGCGCAUGAAACCUGUACAACACACACACACACACACAAACUGGGGGUCACUAUGGGGUGUGUGACAGAUACUUGGCCCAUAAUGGAGUCAUACUCACACGCCAUCAGCUGCCAGCUGCGUUGCCGUGACGCCGUUGCUAGGUUGUUGUCGGUCAGAGCUGACUGGAUCUCUGUUGCUACGGUACCAAUGUUUACUAUGUUCACCUGAACAGGUGAGAUAAGAGGAGGAGGAGAGGAGGAGGAGGAAGAUGGAGGGGAAAGAGAGCGAGAGAUUGAGUUGGAGGAGAAGGAAAGAGGUGAGAGGAAAAAGUAGGAGAUAUAGAGGAAGUUGAGUGAACUUUCAAUGUUUAUUUUCUUCAAAUAAGUAGCACAAUAAAUAUUCUAAAUCCCCAGACUACUGUUAUAAAGAUGACAGACAUAUGACGACUGUGUUCUAGAACGCUGUGAAUGCAAAGCAAUACGAACAACCGGGAUUCACUUCUUUCAUCGUCUUGACUGGUAAAACAAAUCACACACACACCUGGCAUGUAAAUUCAACCUAUAAUCUCCUUCAUCUCCCAGCCACAACUCUGCCUCCAAUGUUUUUUGUUUUUCUGAAUCCUUAAAGGCCGACGCGAUCAGUACCAUUUACAGGUGUGCCUGUGUCUCUCACCCUGCCUCCUCAGCCAACCUGCAGUCUCUGUUCUCUCAAAGGUCAUCACUGAAACUCUAGCACUGAAGAGCACAUAGAGACAACCAGAAACAACACCAAAUUUAAGUGGCUAGCUAGUUAGCUAGCGUUACCAACGUUUGGUGGUCCGUGAGACUGAGCUAGCCAAACAGCUGCGCUAGCGAACAAUGUAGCAAAGGUAUUAAGUACUCCUGGUGCACUGUUCAAUUAUUUAUCCAUUUUAAAUAUAACUUUUUUGAAGGAAAUUCUGUUUUUGCCCAAGCCAUCACUGGCCUUCACGCGAUAUAAAGUGAGCUUGUCCGAGGUGUCGGACUCAACGACAGUCAGGGUUGCCAGGUCAAACUAAAAUGUCCAAUGACCGACCACGCAAAACUUCCAAAAGGCCUGAAAACCAGCCCCAUUUUUUUUUUUUUCACAGCAAGAGAAGAGUUGCCAUAUCUAUACAAUAAACCCCUUUUCCAUAACGUUAUCGAGCCAAUUAAGAAGGAAUAUCAUAGUAACUUGUAACGACGUUAGAAGCUAAAUUCGUGUUUCCUCAAAAUAAUAACUAUUGCAAGCUAUGACAUGACGUAAUAAAGGAAUUUGAAUAUGUGGCAAGAGAGGAUUAGAACCUUUUUUUCAAUUUUCGCCUAAAAUCUAACUUCCUGUAGCUCAGGACCUGAAGCAAGGAUAUGCAUAUUCUUGAUACCAUUUGAAAGGAAACACUUUGAAGUUUGUGGAAAUGUUAAAUUAAUGUAGGAGAAUAUAACACAUUAGAUCUGGUAAAAGAUAAUACAAACAAAAAAAUAACAUAUGUUUUUCAAAAAAAUAUGUUUGUUCCAUCAUCUUUGAAAUGCAAGAGAAAGGCCACAAUAUAAUAUUGCAGUUUAGGCGCAAUUUAGAUUUUGGCCCCUAGAUGGCAGCGGUGUGUGUGUAAAGUUUCAGAUUGAUCCAGUGAAGCACUGCAAUACUGGACUAUUUUUUAUCAAGUCUGCCCAAAUGUGCCGAAUUGGUCAAUUGAUACAUUUUCAAGUACAUACAGUGGGGAAAAAAAGUAUUUAGUCAGCCACCAAUUGUGCAAGUUCUCCCACUUAAAAAGAUGAGAGAGGCCUGUAAUUUUCAUCAUAGGUACACGUCAACUAUGACAGACAAAUCGAGAAAAAAAAAUCCAGAAAAUCACAUUGUACGAUUUUUAAUGAAUUUAUUUGCAAAUUAUGGUGGAAAAUAAGUAUUUGGUCACCUACAAACAAGCAAGAUUUCUGGCUCUCACAGACCUGUAACUUCUUCUUUAAGAGGCUCCUCUGUCCUCCACUUGUUACCUGUAUUAAUGGCACCUGUUUGAACUUGUUAUCAGUAUAAAAGACACCUGUUCACAACCUCAAACAGUCACACUCCAAACUCCACUAUGGCGAAGACCAAAGAGCUGUCAAAGGACACCAGAAACAAAAUUGUAGACCUGCACCAGGCUGGGAAGACUGAAUCUGCAAUAGGUAAGCAGCUUGGUUUGAAGAAAUCAACUAUGGGAGCAAUUAUUAGGAAAUGGAAGACAUACAAGACCACUGAUAAUCUCCCUCGAUCUGGGGCUCCACGCAAGAUCUCACCCCGUGGGGUCAAAAUGAUCACAAGAACGGUGAGCAAAAAUCCCAGAACCACACGGGGGGACCUAGUGAAUGACCUGCAGAGAGCUGGGACCAAAGUAACAAAGCCUACCAUCAGUAACACACUACACCGCCAGGGACUCAAAUCCUGCAGUGAAAGACGUGUCCCCCUGCUUAAGCCAGUACAUGUCCAGGCCCGUCUGAAGUUUGCUAGAGUGCAUUUGGAUGAUCCAGAAGAGGAUUGGGAGAAUGUCAUAUGAAACCAAAAUAGAACUUUUUUGGUAAAAACUCAACUCGUCGUGUUUGGAGGACAAAUAAUGCUGAGUUGCAUCCAAAGAACACCAUACCUACUGUGAAGCAUGGGGGUGUAAACAUCAUGCUUUGGGGCUGUUUUUCUGCAAAGGGACCAGGACGACUGAUCCGUGUAAAGGAAAGAAUGAAUGGGGCCAUGUAUCGUGAGAUUUUGAGUGAAAACCUCCUUCCAUCAGCAAGGGCAUUGAAGAUGAAACGUGGCUGGGUCUUUCAGCAUGACAAUGAUCCCAAACACACCGCCCGGGCAACGAAGGAGUGGCUUCGUACGAAGCAUUUCAAGGUCCUGGAGUGGCCUAGCCAGUCUCCAGAUCUCAACCCCAUAGAAAAUCUUUGGAGGGAGUUGAAAGUCUGUGUUGCCCAGCGACAGCCCCAAAACAUCACUGCUCUAGAGGAGAUCUGCAUGGAGGAAUGGGCCAAAAUACCAGCAACAGUGUGUGACAACCUUGUAAAGACUUACAGAAAACGUUUGACCUGUGUCAUUGCCAACAAAGGGUAUAUAACAAAGUAUUGAGAAACUUUUGUUAUUGACCAAAUACUUAUUUUCCACCAUAAUUUGCAAAUAAAUUCAUAAAAAAUCCUACAAUGUGAUUUUCUGGAUUUUUGUUCCUCAUUUUGUCUGUCCUAGUUGACUUGUUCCUAUGAUGAAAAUUACAGGCCUCUCUCAUCUUUUUAAGUGGGAGAACUUGCACAAUUGGUGGCUGACUAAAUACUUUUUUCCCCCACUGUAACUAUAGAGAACAUACAAAAAUGAUAUGAAAAUUCAGAAUUUAAGUUUACACACUCCCAGGAAUGUCAUACAUGAUGUAUCAUUAGCUUAUACACUAACUUUCACACAUCUAGAUGGCCGGGCAGGGUGGGUGUGGAGCCAGAGACAGCAGGGGUUCAAACUGUAGAACCCAGUUCCUACAUUUGAAUAUAAAAAUUGAUUUUAUCAAACAAAACUAUGCUACAUUUUAUCUCUGGGACCCUCAGGAUGACAAAUCAGAGCAAGAUUACUGAAUGUAAGUACAUUAUUUACCUUCAGAGGUGAAUGUAUCAAACCAGUUGCCGUGAUAUGUUUUUUGUUGUUGUGCACUCUCCUCUAACAAUAGGAUGGUAUUUUUUCUGUAAUAGCUACUGUAAAUUGGACAGUGCAGUUAGAUUAACAAGAAUUUAAGCUUUCUGCCCAUAUAAGACAUGUCUAUGUCCUGGAAAGUUUGCUGUUACUUACAACAGUCAUGCUAAUCACAUUAGCGCACGUUAGCUCAACCGUCCCGUAUACAGGACACCGAUCCCGUAGAGGUUAAACUCGCCAGAUCAUUUUCCAUCAAUGGAUGUUGAUUUAACUUGUUUGACUGCUAUGAUUAAGCAAUAAGGCACAAGGGUAUGGUAUAUGGCCAAUAUACCAUGGCUAAGGGCUGUACUUAAGCACGAUGCAACGCGGAGUGCCUGGAUACAGCCAUUAGCCGUGGUAUAUUGGCCAUAUACCACAAACCGCCGGGAUGCCUGGUUACCACUGUAAUUAGAACAGUAAAAAGCGAUGUUUUGUCAUACCCGUGGUAUAUGGUCUGUUAUAAACUGGGUGGUUUGAGCCCUGAAUGCUGAUUGGCUGACCGCCAUGGUAUAUCAGACCGUAUACCAUGGGUAUGACAAAACUAUUAUUUUUACUGCUCUAAUUACGCUGGUAAACAGUUUAUAAUAGCAAUAAGGCACCUCGGGGGUUUGUGAUAUAUGACCAAUAUACCACAGUUAAGGACUACAAACCGUUAUAAAUGGCCUAUUUGCGAGAUUGACUUGUAAUUUCAAUAGGCGUAGGCUACAGACUAAAAUCGGGGUUUAUGAAUGUAAUUCAACUUUUGCCAUUACAUUUUACAUUUUAGUCAUUUAGCAGACGCUCUUAUCCAGAGCGACUUACAGUUAGUGAAUACAUUUAUUUAUUCAAUUAUUUUUUAUACUGGCCCCCCGUGGGAAUCAAACCCACAACCCUGGCGUUGCAAACGCCAUGCUCUAUCAACUGAGCUACAUCCCUGCCGGCCAUUCCCUCCCCUACCCUGGACGACGCUGGGCCAAUUGUGCGCCGCCCAUGAGUCUCCCGGUCGCGGCCGGCUGCGACAGAGCCUGGAUUCGAACCAGGAUCUCUAGUGGCACAGUUAGCACUGCGAUGCAGUGCCUUAGACCACUGCGCCACUCAUGGUUUGCUUAGAUAAAGGCAGGUAGCCAAUAGCCCCUGAUAUGCCUACAUCUAAUUCCAGAUAGUCUACAGUAGCCUAGACAAGAUGUAAACUGAACGAUUUAGCAGCUUGCUUAGUUCAAAUUAACAGACACAUUUAUUCAACAUGAAUAGCGAGGUGAUUUCUAGGUAAGAAGUGCUUGUAUUUCCCAAUAACCUGCUGGAACAGACUACUGAGGAUGGGGUCAUCAUUUCAAUCACUGAAUUAAAUAUUAAUAAUAUGUAUAUUAACUGAAUAUGCUUGUCAGCAACAGCCAGUGUUUACUUUUUUAGAAUCUGUUUUACCUGUAGCCUAAUCUGACUACUGUUACCGUCAAUCUAAUGCUUGCAUAAUAACACAAGGCUACGUCAUAGGCUAUUUAUUACAUUGGUUUGCCAGCUCCAGGUAGGCUACACAAGUGGCACAAAUUGAUUUGCAAUGACUCCAGGUGAUAUGGUCAUUUCAACAUAUUUAUUGUAUCAAAUGGUAGGCUACAAUGGCAUAUACAUUAAUAGGCUACUUGAUGGCCAACAGAGGGAAAUGUAUCAUUCUCCACAUUUAGCCCAAUGUCAGUUUCUUUGAGGACCUGUGCACCUACGUUGUAAACUUUCAUUCAUGGGCUAGUUUGUAGCAACCUCAUGAUGGGUAUAGGGAACAUGUGAGUAUCAUGUAGUAGCCUAAACCUAGCAAUGUUACAUUGAACUGGGUGAAUGGAAUAUGAAUGACAGUCAUCCAAUAUGCUGUAAUAGAAAUAAGGCCAUGCUCAUAAAAAAUAACAAAAUCUUCCUCCCUCAUCUUAGACGGCACCGACUUCCACUGAGAUAUACAGCUCUGGAAAAAGUUAAGAGACCACUGCAAAUGUUUCUUAAAUCAGCAUCUCUACAUGUAUGACAGCUAUUCCAUUCCAGUGUCUGUUGAAUUCCAACACAGGCACACCUCAUUCUACUGAAUUAGGUACUGAUUAGGUGAUCACCUGAACCAAAUCUUAUUUAACGAGGAAAAGUAUAAUCACUAUCCUCUUGCAAUAGGACCAGCUGGAUGGCAAAAACAGUGCUAAUAGUACCUCAAAAGUAAUAUUAAUCAAAAAAUAACUAUUGACCAUGCCAAAAGAGUUGAAAAGGAAUGUUUUGAGUGAGGAAAAGAAGGGUUCAAUUCUGGCUUUACUGGCAGAGGGAUACAGUGAGCGUCAGGUUGCUUCCAUCCUUAAAAUUUCAGUGAUGGCGGUUCAUAAGAACAAGUUCAAGCAGCAGACAUUGGGGACAACAAAGCUACAGACCGGCAGAGGGCGAAAACGACUCUCUACUGACCGGGAUGACCGCCAACUCAUUCGAAUGUCACUCAACAACCGUAGGAUGACAUCAAGUGACCUACAAAAAGAAUGGCAAACGGCAGUUGGGGUGAAGUGCACGGCGAGGACGGUUCGAAACAGGCUCCUAGGGGCAGGGCUGAAGUCGUGCAAAGCUAGAAAAAAGCCCUUCAUCAAUGAGAAGCAAAGAAAAGCCAGGCUGAGGUUUGCAAAAGACCAUAAGGAUUGGACCGUAGAGGACUGGAAUAAGGUCAUCUUCUCUGAUGAGUCCAAUUUUCAGCUUUGCCUAACACCUGGUCAUCUAAUGGUUAGACUGAGACCUGGAGAGGCCUACAAGCCACAGUGUCUCGCACCCACUGUGAAAUUUGGUGGAGGAUCGGUGAUGAUCUGGGGGUGCUUCAGCAAGGCUGGAAUCGGGCAGAUUUGUCUUUGUGAAGGACGCAUGAAUCAAGCCAUGUACAAGGUUGUCCUGGAAGAAAACUUGCUUCCUUUUGCUCUGACAUUGUCCCCCAACUCUGAGGAUUGGUUUUUCCAGCAGGACAAUGCGCCACGCCACACAGCCAGGUCAAUCAAGGUGUGGAUGGAGAACCACCAGAUCAAGACCCUGUCAUGGCCAGCCCAAUCUCCAGACCUGAACCCCAUUGAAAACUUCUGGAAUGUGAUCAAGAGGAAGAUGGAUGGUCACAAGCCAUCAAACAAAGCCGAGCUGCUUGAAUUGUUGCGCCAGGAGUGGCAUAAAGUCACCCAACAUCAAUGUGAAAGACUGGUGGAGAACAUGCCAAGAUGCAUUAAAGCUGUGAUUGAAAAUCAGGGUUAUUCCACCAAAUAUUGAUUUCUGAACUCUUCCUAAGUUAAAACAUUAGUAUUGUGUUGUUUAAAAAUGAACAUGAACUUAUUUUCUUUGCAUUAUUCAAGGUCUUUUUUUGACCAGUUGUCAUUUUCUGCAAAUAAAUGCUCUAAAUGACAAUAUUGUUAUUUGGAAUUUGGGAGAAAUGUUGUCAGUAGUUUAUAGAAUAAAACGAAAAUGUUAUUUUUACCCAAACACAUACCUAUAAAUAGUAAAACCAGAGAAACUGAUAAUUUUGCAGUGGUCUCUUAAUUUUUUUCCAGAGCUGUAUACACACACACACACACACACAUAUGUAUUUGUUAUUUGUUAUUUUAUUUUUUAUAACGUAUGUUCUUUACAAUUCAAAACAAAAAAGUGGAAUAUUGCUUAAUAUUAUGGUUAAAUGAUGCAAAUUGCUUGUCUGUGUAUGGGUCUUCAAUUGUGGCCAGCCCUUUCUCCCUCUAUUCAACAAACACCUUAUAAUAAUAAAUAAAUAAUUGGUCACUUAGCAGACGCUCUUAUCCAGAGCGACUUACAGCGACUUAUCAGACCAAGGUGGAACAAAAAUAAUGAUUAAAACAUAUUGGAGUGUAUACAGAGUUAUCUGGCACCUUGUAAAACGUCUUCAAUCUGGUUUAGAAUGCUUAAAACAAUUUCUCAAACAAAGUUAUUGCCUGUAAAUUUGUUUGAACAAUCUGCCUUGGAGAAAAUCAAGUCUGGAAAAGACUCCUCUGGUCCUCUGUAGCUCAAUUGGUAGAGCACGGCGCUUGUAACGCCAGGGUAGUGGGUUCGAUCCCCGGGACCACCCAUACGUAAAAAUGUAUGCGCACAUGACUGUAAAUCGCUUUGGAUAAAAGCGUCUGCUAAAUGGCAUAUUAUUAUUAUUACUAAUUUUGUUGUGAUCCUGACUUCCAUAUUUAGCCACAGGGGGGAGUCAGUGUCUAACACGUCAGGGAAACCCAACAAUUGCAACAACAAAACAUGAUAAUCCUAGGUCCCCCUAGUACUUUUUCCCCUCAUGUAGUUAUCUAUUCCAUUAUUGCUGGUAUGUACCUUUUAGUAAAAUCCCUGAUUAUUCAUACUUUAACAAAUAUUGAUACAUUUCAAAUAUGCUUUCAAGAAAACGUCUUGCAUGGUGUUUCUUAUCAAUUUUGACCUAAUGCUGCUCAUUCAUGAUGUUGAUUUAAUCUUGUAUGGAGUAAUGAUAAACAGUUGACUCCUGAUGAAGAAUUGAUUCCCCCAGAUCAUCCUAUAGUAAUGAUAACCACUGUUUAUCUACAUGUAGUCAUCGUUUUCCUUUACUACUGGUCUGUAGUCUGCCUUGCACAGUAAACUCCCAUCCAGCUGGCGGCGCUGCUCACCACUCACUAGAACCAAUGAGUUUUCUACAAUUAUUUCACUAGACCACGGAAGUGGGAUUGGAGACGAGUUUGUUUUGAUUUUGCAUUCCUUUUGUAGAGUGAAGAGAGACAUACUGACUAAACUAAAUAGGCUACCCAGCUCUCAUUCAAUUGAAAAAUGUCUAAACUACAGUCGUUGAGUGUGUUUUUAAAUGAGCGUUUAACGGCGUCUGAUGUGGAGAUUUUCGGGGCAGUUGAGAAAACGGUAGUGGAGUACCAGGAGGAGAAUGAUCGGCUACGGAGAAUGCUGCGUUUGACUCCGGAGAUACAACUAUGUCGGAUAGGUUCGUAUGUAGAUCUACUGAUAGUUAGCUAUAGUGCUACUCAAUUAAUUAACCAUUUAAGAGAUCACCAUUUCAACAAUUUUAAGAAUAAAAAAACAUAUAUUUUACAGUUGUCUUUGUCACGAAAAGCUGAUUUUGAAAUAGCGUACAGCUUAUCUGCACUCAGUUAUGUCAAAAAAAAGGCUGGCUAAGAGCCAUUUUAUGCUUGAUCCGAAAAUGUGAUUGGAGGCGUCGUAUGAAUGGUGUGACGCAAUUGUGAAGCCCCCCAGAGGCUAAAUUGAGCUCUGUAUGGCAUUGCCGUGCACCUCUCAAAUGUUGUAGCAAUGCGGAGGGCGCCAUAUAGUUCCGCAUUGACAUGAUUAGUUGACGGUAGGCUUGACAACACCUCUGCGAAGCCAAGAAGUAUGAAUGCCCUGACUUCUGCAGAGGCCAUGUCACCGUAAAUGCUGCAAGGCCAAUGCAGACGUCGGUGCAAGUGUUGGUUGAGGAAAGUUUUAUUAUUAUUAUUUUUUGGGUAUCCUAGCAACCUUCUGAAAUGACCUAGAGCAGUGUUUCCCAACUCCAGUCCUCAAGUACCCCCAACAACACAUGUUUUUCCUUGUAGCCCAAGGACAAAUUGGGCUUGGGCUACAAGAAUCACCUGAUUCAUUAUUAUUUUUUUAUUUUAAUUUAAUUUUAAUUUCACCUUUAUUUAACCAGGUAAGCCAGUUGAGAACAAGUUCUCAUUUACAACUGCGACCUGACCAAGAUAAAGCUAUGACAAACGGUAUCCAAGUGUUUAAGAGUAGAGGCAGCUGCACUUUUGAUAAAUAGUAUCACCAUAAUCAUCAAUAACAGGGAGAAGGGUUGACUGCGCAAUCUGCUUCCUGCUAACUAGAGAGAGACAAGAUAUGUUUCUUAACAAGCUCAUUCGUAUGUUUUUUUUUUUUUUUACGAUAAAUCAUUGUCAACCCAAAUACCAAGGUAUUUGUAUACAGGGACUUGUUUAAUUAUAGAACCAGCCGAUGAGUAAAUAUGUAAUCCAUCUGAAACAAUCUGACGAGAACUAAGUACACGUUUUUAAAAUCAGUAAGGGCUUCCUGCACGACUGCAAAAAUCGGACUGUAGCAUUGUCACAGCCAGGUCAAAUCAAAUCAAAUUUUAUUUGCCACAUGCGCCGAAUACAACAGGUGUAGUAGACAUUACAGUGAAAUGCUUACAAGCCCUUAACCAACAAUGCAAAGUAAAAAAAAUAAACUAAAAAAAGUGUUAAGCAAAAAAAAUUUCAGCAAAUAACUAAAGAGCAGCAAUAAAAUAAAAUAACAGUAGAGAGGCUAUAUACAGGGGGGUAACGGUGCAGAGUCAAUGUGCGGGGGCACCGGCUAGUCGAGGUAAUUUAGGUAAUAUGUACAUGUGGGUAGAGUUAAAGUGACUAUGCAUAAAUAAUAAACAGAGUAAAAAGAGGGGGAUGGGGUGGGGUGGGGUGGGGUGGUGGGGGGGGGGGGGGGGGGGGCAGUGCAAAUUGUCCGGGUUGCCAUGAUUAGCUGUUCAGGAGUCUUAUGGCUUGAGGGUAGAAGCUGUUGAGAAGCCUUUUGGACCUAGACUUGGCGCUCCGGUACCGCUUGCCGUGCGGUAGCAGAGAGAACAGUCUAUGACUAGGGUGGCUGGAGUCUUUGACAAUUUUUAGGGUCUUCCUCUGACACCGCCUGGUAUAGAGGUCCUGGAUGGCAGGAAGCUUGGCCCCAGUGAUGUACUGGGCCGUACGCACUACCCUCUGUAGUGCCUUGCAGUCGGAGGCCGAGCAGUUGCCAUACCAGGCGGUGAUGCAACCAGUCAGGAUGCUCUCGAUGGUCAGCGGUCGGGGCAAUUGUGUACAUAAUAGUAUCAUCCGCAUAUAGUUGAAAUGUAAUUUUUUUUUACAGAUUGACCAAUAGCAUUUAUAUAAAUAGUGAAAAGAACAGGUCCUGCAGAACACCUUUCUGUACGUCAAUAAAUUCAGACUUAACCCCAUCAAUCCCGAUGGCCUGAGUUCUGUCACUAAGAUAAUCAUGAAGCCCAGAACAGGCGUCAGAGCUCAGGCCUAUCGAGGACAACGUAUUCAAUAAAAUAGCACGAUCAACAGUAUCAAAAAGCUAUUGACAGGUCCACGAACAAAGCAGCUCAUUUCAUUUUAGUGUCUAAAGUAUUGACAAAAAUCAUUAAAAAACUAUAGUGGUUGCUGUACUAGUGCUAUGCCCAGGCCUAAACCCUGAUUGGUUUACAUUCAAAAUACAUUUCUCAGAUUAAAAAAAGGAGCAAAGUUGUACAUUUACCAAGGAUUCAAGAAUCUUAGCUAGACAAGGAAGCCUUGAAAUGGGGCGAUAAUUAUCAAGAUCACUACUAUCCCGGCCCUUAUGGAGUGGCAGCACAAGAGCCGAUUACCAUACUUUGGGAAUACUUCCUGAUAACAAUGUUAAAUAAAAAAAUGUGGGUUAUCGAGCCAACAAUGAUGGGCGCUGAACACUGAAGCAGACCUGGAUCCAAUUGGUUGGCUCCUGGGGAUUUCUUAUUGUCUAUUGCUAUCAAAGCAUCCAGGACUUCUUCUUCUGUAAAUAGCCUUAAAGAAAAGCUUUGACUAUCAUUUCUCAGAUCAUUCAGCAAGUUUCCCCUAUCGGCAUCCACCCCAAUAUCAUUGUGAGUAUUGGCUUAGACGUUAUUCCAAAGAGAGAGCCCGCUGAAAUAAAAUGGUGAUUAAAUGCUUCAAUGAUGGCAUUUUUUUUCUUCUCGUAAUUAGGCCUGUGCCUGAAUUCAUUUGUUGUGGCAGAGAGGAGGAAGUAGAACCCUUCAGGGAUAGUUUAUCAAAGGGAUAAAAUCAUAUUUGCGUGAAAUGCCCCUUACCCUGGGUUGAGGUGUCCGAAUCCACAAUAAGACAUUGUUUACAUCAGCCUGGAGUUAGCAUAAUUAGCUAGCAUUGUCCAAAUCCAUGAAUUGAAACGGUUGGACCGCUAUAGCAAAUGCUGCAUUUGCCAGCUACUACCAUACCCCGUUCAAAGGCACUUUAUUCUUUUGUCCCCCUCUGAAUGGCACUAAUACACAAUCCAUGUCUCAGUUUUAUCAAAGCUACAAAAAAAAAAUCCUUCUUUAACCUGUCUCCUCCCCUUCAUCUACACUGAUUGAAGUGGAUUUAACAAGUGACAUCAAUAAGGGAUCGUAGCUUUCACCAGGAUUCACCUGGUCAGUGCCUUGCAAAAGUAUUCAUCCCCCUUGAUGUUUUUCCUAUUUUGUUGCAUUACAACCUGUAAUUUUAAUGGAUUUCUAUUUGGAUUUCAUGUAAUGGAUAUACACAAAAUAGUCAAAAUUGGUGAAGUGAAAUGAAAAAAAUAACUUGUUUCAAAAAAUUCUAAAACAUAAAUAACGGAAAAGUGGUGCGUGUAUAUGUAUUCACCCCCUUUGCUAUGAAACCCCUAAAUAAGAUCUGGUGCAACCAAUUACCUUCACAUAAUUAGUUAAAUAAAGUCCACAAGUGUCACAUGAUCUGUCACAUGAUCUCAGUGUAUAUAUACACCUGUUCUGAAAGGCCCCAGAGACUGCAACACCACUAAGCAAGGGGCACCACCAAGCAAGCGGCACCAUGAAGACCAAGGAGCUCUCCAAACAGGUCAGGGACAAAGUUGUGGAGAAGUACAGAUCAGGGUUGGGUUAUAAAAAAAUAUCAGAAACUUUGAACAUCCCACGGAGCACCAUUAAAUCCAUUAUUAAAUAAUAUAAAGAAUAUGGCACCACAACAAACCUGCCAAGAGAGGGCAGCCGACCAAAACUCACGGACCAGGCAAUGAGGGCAUUAAUCAGAGAGGCAACAAAGAGACCAAAGAUAACCCUGAAGGAGCUGCAAAGCUCCACAGUGGAGAUUGGAGUAUCUGUCCAUAGGACCACUUUAAGCCAUACACUCCACAGAGCUGGGCUUUACGGAAGAGUGGCCAGAAAAAAGCCAUUGCCUAAAGAAAAAAAUAAGUAAACAUGUUUGGUGUUCGCCAAAAGGCAUGUGGGAGACUCCCCAAACAUAUGGAAGAAGGUACUCUGGACAGAUGAGACUAAAAUUGAGCUUUUUGGCCAUCCCCUGUAGUUCAGUUGGUAGAGCAUGGCGCUUGCAACGCCAGGGUUGUGGGUUCGUUUCCCACGGGGGGCCAGUAUGAAAAAUUUAUGCACUCACUAACUGUAAGUCGCUCUGGAUAAGAGCGUCUGCUAAAUGACUAAAAUGUAAAAUCAAGGAAAAUGCUAUGUCUGGCACAAAUCCAACAAGCAUGGUGGUGGCAGCAUCAUGCUGUGGGGAUGUUUUUCAUCGGCAGUGACUGGGAAACUGGUCCGAAUUGAAGGAAUGCUGGAUGGCGCUAAAUACAGGGAAAUUCUUGAGGGAAACCUGUUUCAGUCUUCCAGAGAUUUGAGACUGGGACGGAGGUUCACCUUCCAGCAGGACAAUGACCCUAAGCAUACUGCUAAAGCAACACUUGCGUGGUUUAAGGGGAAACAUUUCAAUGUCUUGGAAUGGCCUAGUCAAAGCCCAGACCUCAAUCCAAUUGAGAAUCUGUGGUAUGACUUAAAGAUUGCUGUACACCAGCAGAACCCAUCCAAAACGAAGGAGCUGGAGCAGUUUUGCCUUGAAGAAUGGGCAAAAAUCCCAGUGGAUAGAUGUGCCAAGCUUAUAGAGACAUACCCCAAGAGACUUGCAGCUGUAAUUGCUGCAAAAGGUGGCUCUACAAAGUAUUGACUUUGGGGGGGGGGGGGGGUGAAUAGUAAUGCACGCUCAAGUUUUCAGUUUUUUUUGUCUUAUUUCUUGUUUGUUUCACAAUAAAAAAAUAUUUUGCAUCUUCAAAGUGGUAGGCAUGUUGUGUAAAUCAAAUGAUACAAACCCCCCAAAAAAUCCAUUUUAAUUCCAGGUUGUAAGGCAACAAAGUAGGAAAAAUGCCAAGGGGGGUGAAUACUUUCGCAAGCCAAUGUAUGUCAUGGAAAGACCAGGUGUCCUUAAUGUUUUGUACACUCAGAGUAUAUCAUAACCAUUGCAUAAUAAGUUCCUCAACCUUUUGUUGCCGAAGUAACCAAAUGACCAUGCACAUCUCUCAUUUCAUUGGGCCUAUUAGGUACGAUUACGUUUUUGCUCUCCGAAUGGGAGUGCGGUUUAUAACAUACAGUUGAACAGACAGUUGAUAUUUUGCAUUGAAGUGUAUAGGCAACCACUGUAAGUAUAGCCUACUGUAGUAACACAAAAUAAUCAGAGUAGAAAAUGUUUCAGAAUUCGCGUGCAGUGCAGCAUUAUUAAAGGUUUGGGUAAAGUAAAUGCAAAACAUUAUUGAAUUUAAACAAUCUGUUUACAGGUCCCACUAAAAUGUGCAAUUGUUUGUCUUUCACAAAUGGUCAAAUAGGCUACAGCAAAAUGUCAAUGCAAAUAGAAAACAUUCUGCCAACACCUCCAAGUUCGCCAUUUCUUUUAGAUACUGUCUCGGGCUAAUUCCAAUACUUCCAAAGUAUACAGCAAAAUAAGGGCGUUAUUGUCACCAUAAAGGGUGAAUGAUGGGAGUUUUUCAGUUAUAAUGCUCGCUCACACGCUCAAAAGUUUUUAUAACGGGAAACAUGCGUAUGUAUGGCAAGCAUCAAGUUGAUCAAUCUCAAUAUUUGAUUAUAUUAUUUUAUAUACGUGUGCAGCCGUAGAAUCGUGUGCAGAUAUUUACUGUAAAAUGUACACAACGGUUUUAUAAAUGAGGCCCGAGCUUCUUAAGUAGUCUAUGUGAAUCUGGGCACUGAUCAUUCAGAAAUCCUAUUAAAAUGCUAUUCCUAAUUCUAUGUCUGUAUGAGUCUUCCAGUGAGGACGUUGUCAAGGAAAUAGAUGCGGAUUGAUUACCGGAGUGAACAAAAACUGACCGGUAAACAUAGGAAGUAUUAAAGCAUUCCAAAAUUAUAAUUUUAUUGCAAAAAUAACAUUCUCGCGGGGAAGACACCAUGGACAGGUUGAGAGAAUCAUUACACAGGUGCAACUUUUGCUGGGGACAAUAAAAGGCCACUCUAAAAUGUGCAGUUUUGUCACACAACACAAUGCCACAGAUGUCUCAAGUUUUGAGGGAGCGUGUAAUUGGCAUGCUGACUGCAGGAUUGUCCACCAGAGCUGUUGCCAGAGACUUGAAUGUUCAUUUCUCUACCAUAAGCUGCCUCCAACGUAGUUUUAGAGAAUUUGGCAGUGUGUCCAACCGGCCUCACAACCACAGACCACAUGUAUGGCGUCGUGUGGGGGCGAGCGGUUUGCUGAUGUCAACGUUGUGAACAGAGUGCCGCAUGGUGGCUGUGGGGUUAUGAUAUGGGCAGGCAUAAGCUACGGACAACGAACACAAUUGCAUUUUAUCGAUGGCAAUUAGAAUACACAGAGAUACCAUGACGAGAUCCUGAGGUCCAUUGUCGUGCUCUGAAGAUCUAAACCCGAGGUAGAAGGACACAGAACAGGUACCUCCGGAUCCGAUCUCGAAGCGGAAGCCCCCAGGGAUGAAGGCGCCAGAACCUCUGAAUCCAGGGUGGCAAAGCUGUUUGAAGUCUGUAGGGGAGGCCUCUAGGGAGGCCCCUAUUGCCAAAGGCCGCUGCUUUCUACUUUCAUGGUAGGUGAUGUGCCUCCAUGGCUGGUUAGUCAAGAAUAGGAACAUCCACUAAAGUCAUCCAGAAGCAACCUACAAACUCCAUUCUCCUGGGAAGAGGGAGACCCCUUCGGGGAGGGAUCCCUGCAGAGCACCAGCCAGUCGCCUGUGGAGAGACGACACGACGGCGACACUCACACCAGGCCAGAGAGGCCUCCAGCUACUGGAGUAGAAGGGAAAGUAGGCUGGAAUGGAUUCCCCAGUAGCUUGUGGAAGUUCGCUACUUGUUGGGCAUGGAUUCCCCAGUAG